AUGAUAGGAGCUUGCUUAAUCAAGCCAACUGAUAACGUAGGUUUCAUCUUUGUCUCGAACACCAGCUUCCACUCACCCCCCCCUCCCCUCCCUAAAAUCAGGGCGUUGUGCAUAAUCGUGGACGACAUGGUUGACACGGGAGGGACACUCGACAACGCCGUGCGAUUGCUGAAGGGGGCCGGAGCUAGGAAAAUCCUGGCGUUCGCGACGCACGGCAGGUUCUCCGGCGGGGGAGAGGCGCGGUGCGCCGAGAUACCGGGCCUGGAUUGCCUUGUCAUCUGCAACACGCUGCCUCAUAGAACUGAGACCGGAGAGAUCAAAGACCGCUCUAGCUGCACCAAGAUCAGAGAGCUCAGCGUCGCUCCUCUGUUGGCAGAGGCCAUCUACCGCGUCCACAAGGCCAUGCCCUUUGCGGAACUCUUGACAUGGAAUAACCCGACGUCCAAGGGCCUGCCGCCCCGAACGUUGACGCGGGCCAACCUCAACGACCCGUCUUUUGCGAAGGGCGAUGGUCCCCGGUGGCCCGGGGGUGAACCUAGAUGACCUGAGUCGACGUGAUCAAGGUCUAGACUAUAAGGUCUAAAGAUUGGGGUGGUCGAGGUGUGAAUGUGGCCAUGAUAUCGAUUUCGAAGUGGCGAUUCCGAGCCAAAAUGACCUAAGUCGAGAUAAUUACGGUGUAGACCGUUGGGUCUAAGGAAUGGAGGUGGCCUGCGAAUAGGUGGCCAAAGUGUGGCCAUGAUAUGGAUUUCAAAGAGGCGGUUCCGAGAUCUAGAUGGAUCGCCAAGAUGACCGGGUUAUCGGGGCCGCGUGUUGCGUGUUAUUGGGAUGUUCUCGGACAAAUUUAGAGCGAUGGGUACUUCCAUGCGUAGAAUUCAAUGGCCCCGAAGCUUGCCACCGAGACAACUUUUCGUUUCUUUGCUGUUUUCUAUCGUAGUAGGAGUAUUUGCAACAUGUGGGCGGCGAUGUCCACUUGAAUGAGGUGUAAGGGUCCAGGUCGUGGUGUUUUGCUUUUCAAUUGUUGUACAAUUUUGCCGAAUCAGUUGUACGCCUCUUACGUGACCGUUAGGCAAUUUUCGCCUGCGAUCUGCGUCGAACCGCACAAUCUUCCCCGUUUUGGAAUAAGAGUGUUUCACUCAAUGUCCGGUGUUGUAGAACGGUACUGUGGAUGAGCCUUCCUGUCUUCAUGGCAGAAAAACGUUUGGAACCAACUCGACAUCCGAGGGCCCUGUUUUAAGCAAAACCGUUCGUGAGAUUUCUGCUGAACCUGCAGUUGUUGGCGGGGGGUUGUGUCUGGCGUACCAUGGUAGACAUCAAUGUAUUGUUUACGUUAUUUGAUGCUGGUUUCGGUAUGCCGUUCGCUCUCUUGCGUGCUCUCUGACU